GGUUACUCGCAUCUGGGAAGUUGCAGUCUCAAGGUGCAACAGAGAGACCACAGCGGAACGUCCAUGGCCACUGUGGCAGAGGAGCAGGGAAAGAUGUGGGUAUUUGGUUACGGGUCCCUGAUCUGGAAGGUGGACUUCCCCUAUCAGGACAAGCUGGUCGGAUACAUCACAAACUACAGCAGGCGCUUCUGGCAGGGCAGCACGGACCACCGCGGGGUCCCUGGCAAGCCUGGAAGAGUGGUGACUCUCGUUGAAGAUCCUGGGGGUUGUGUAUGGGGUGUAGCUUACAAAUUGCCAAUGGGAAAGGAAGAAGAAGUAAAAGCAUACCUUGACUUCAGAGAGAAAGGAGGCUAUAGGACCACAACGGUCGUUUUUUAUCCCAAAGAUUCCACAACAAAACCAUUCAGUGUGUUGCUAUAUAUUGGAACAUGCGAUAAUCCUAAUUACCUUGGUCCUGCACCUCUGGAAGACAUUGCUGAACAAAUUUUUAAUGCAGCUGGUCCAAGUGGAAGAAACACAGAGUAUCUUUUUGAACUUGCCAAUUCUAUUAGGAACCUUGUGCCAGAAGAUGCAGAUGAGCAUCUUUUCUCUUUGGAAAAAUUAGUAAAGGAACGUUUAGAAGGAAAAUAAAACCUAAAUUUCAUGUAAAGACUUACUGACUUUUCCAAACAGCUUUUAGUCUUCAGAGAAUUCACUUCAAUGUACAAUGAUAAUAUAGUUUGAAAAUGUGCUUACUUAAAAGUUCUUAUUUUAAUGUAAUCAGGAUAUUAUCUAAAUUUACAGAUUAAUUUUAAGUGUCCUGAA